AUGACGUCUCACGGGCCCAAGUUCGAGAUCCCUCAAGAGUUUGCCUCGCAGCUUCGCUAUCGAGAAGGAUCGGUGGAUCAGAAGAACGAUGAAGAGCUUCUGCGAGGUCUAACCGAGCAUGUGCCCGUGACAUCCGAGAAGAACAUCUGGGCAUUUUGGGAUAAAGGGAUCCAGUGUUUGCCAGCAUGGUGUCGACGUAACAUCUGCGAUUGGAUGCGGAUCUGCAGUGGCACCGGCUGGACUGUUCGGGUGCUCGAUGUCAUUCCCGGCUCACCCAACCAUUUCUUGAAAUUUCUCCCCAAGGACAUGCUCCCGUCUGCCAUCGUGGAGGAUGAGAUGACCGGCCCCUACACCGGCGCUCACUCUUCGGAUCUACUGUCGGGCGGGCUGCUCUACCUGUUCGGGGGCACGUACAUGGAUGUCGGCUGCAUUUUGUUACGAAGCCUUGAUGACAUUGCGUGGGAUGAGCUAGAAGAUUCGUCUUCGGCGUAUCGCAUUGCUGUCCCGCUCGCAUAUGGCCAGACAGCAGCGAACCACUUUGUGAUGAGUCGAAAGGGAGACCCGUUCAUCAAGCGAUGGCACGAGUUGUGGAUUCAUCUAUGGAAAGGUCGCAAAGAUCACCACGGCCUAUUCGAUAACCCACUUCUUUCCAAUAUCCCGGCCCUUUCCACCUACGAUCCCGUCAAGUCAGCAAAGUUCUCGACGUUGGGGGUGACCAUGGAGCCUCGAGAAUUCAUGGAGUAUAUCGGACAGGUGCUAGCCUGGCAGCGCUUGACCCUGCUCGAGGAUCCGGGAGAUGCGGAUGGCUUCAACGGGGCCGAGUAUUGGCAGAAGCAUGUGUUCGCGUUCGAUUCCCAUGAUGAAUGCUUCGGCCUCGAAUCCUGCGUGGGAUUCAAGGGCGAGACGGGAUUGAAAGUUUUGACGACCAGCAUGGCAGACACUGCGACAGACGAGUACCAAACGGCGUAUCGUGCCAUCUGGCGGACGCUGACGGGCUCUUCGAUGCAAAAGGUUUCGCAUUACAAGGGAAUGACGCAGGAUCCUUGCCUCGGCACUCUUCUCGACAUGCCGGAACAUGAGGGGAAAGAUGCCGCGGCCGGCACUUUUGCUGAACUGCUGAGAUUCGGCGCCGUCCACUUUCAGCAAACGAGGAAAAUCGAGCAGGUCGAAACAAAUCCGCCACCACAGAUCUUCAAGAAAGGGCUUUACGAGGUUUUCUGA